CGCGCGAAAUCGUAUAGUACUUGUGUUUAGUGUUAUUUAGAUUGGUUCGAAAUUCAAAAUUUGCGUUGCCAUUGAAAUAAUACUAGUGGUGUGUUGUGAAGUUCCAUUUUGAAUUUUCGAAAAGGGAACGAAGAUUCACCAAUUCUAAAAAAGGCAUGCACCAAGACCUCUAAAUUCAAAACCGACAAGAUGGCGCCACAAGAGCGAUCUCCUUGUUGCGAGCAAGAGGACGAUUCCCGCCAAAACACAAGCAUAGACAACAAACUAGCAAAUAUAGAUUUAGCCGGCGGAUUUGUCAACAAAGGCUAUUCAAAUGACAGUUCCGAUGUUGCCAGUACAAAAAUUACCCAAAACAGAAGUGAAAAUGAACAAAGAAAGAAAGCAACAGAUUUCGACGAUUUAUUGCCAUAUGUAGGAGAAUUUGGACUGUAUCAGAAAAUAUUAUUCCUAUUAAUGAUACCAUUUGCAUUUUUCGUUGCGUUUGUGUAUUUUUCGCAAAUAUUUAUGACAAUUGUGCCAGAACAGCAUUGGUGCUGGGUGCCGGAGUUAGCGAAUUUAACCGUCGAAGAAAGACGAGCCCUUGCCAUCCCCCCAAAGUCUGAAGGUCUGUUCUCCCACGAGAGGUGCCGAAUGUACUCAGCGGACUGGGUAGCGGCCCUAGCCCAGGGCAGGUCUACCCCUGACGACGAGUGGGACAUCGUACCCUGCACCCACGGGUGGGAGUACAACAUGAGCGAUGUGCCGUACGAAACUAUAGCGUCCCAGCUGGACUGGGUGUGCGAAAAAGACAACCUACCAGCAACGGCUCAGGCUAUCUUCUUCUGCGGCGCCAUUGUGGGGGGUCUCGUAUUCGGAUGGAUAGCUGAUAAGUAUGGCAGGAUACCAGCCUUGGUUGGAACAAAUAUAAUUGGGUUUGCCGCUGGCGUGGGCACCGCUUUCUGCGACAGUUUUUGGACAUUUGCAUUAUGCCGGUUCCUCGUCGGCCUGGCUUUUGAUAACUGCUUCACAAUGAUGUACAUUCUGGUCCUCGAAUACGUGGGCCCGAAAUGGCGUACAUUCGUCGCUAACAUGUCCAUCGCAUUGUUCUUCACCCUGGCCGCCUCUCUUCUCCCCUGGAUUGCGUUGUGGGCUGAUGACUGGAGAAGGUUCGCCAUUGGCACCAGUCUACCCUUCGUCUUGGCUGCAGCUACACCUUGGUUGGUUCCGGAGAGUGCCAGAUGGUUGGUAUCCCAAGGGAAAAUCGACAAAGCGCUGACCAUCAUGAAGAAGUUCGAGAGGAUAAACAAGACAAAGAUACCAGAUAAGGUGCUCAGCGAGUUCACGGAAUCCUCCUUAAAAACUAUCAAAGAUUGCGAAGCGGAAAGCAGGACCUACUCCGUUUUGGACCUCUUCAAAACUCCCAGACUAAGGAGGAACGCUGUCCUCCUGAUCAUCAUCUGGAUGGCAAUAUCCCUGGUCUUCGAUGGCCACGUCAGGAAUGUCGGAUCUUUGGGUUUGGAUAUAUUCCUGACCUUCACCAUCGCUUCGGCGACGGAAUUGCCCGCUGACACUUUCUUAACUGCUGUUCUGGAUAGAUGGGGGAGAAGGUGGUUGGCUUGUGGUUCUAUGGUCAUCAGUGGAAUCUUCAGUUUACUGGCCACGGCUGUUCCAGUUGGUGGCCCAUCAGCGUCGCUCGCCAUCUUGGGUCGCUUCGCUGUCAACAUAUCAUACAACAUUGGUCUGCAAUACGCCGCGGAGUUACUGCCCACCGUGGUCAGAGCUCAAGGGGUCGCCCUAAUCCAUAUUAUGGGCUACGUGGCUUCUAUUGUCGCACCUUUUGUUGUUUAUUUGGCGAACAUCUCCCAGGACCUUCCACUCCUGAUUCUUGGUGCCCUGGGUAUUGCCGGGGGGUUGCUGUGCCUGUUCCUACCAGAGACUAUGGACACGGAGAUGCCCCAGACCCUGCAGGAUGGAGAGAACUUUGGGAAGGACCAGAGGUUCUGGGAUAUGCCUUGUUUCCCUAAGAAAAAACAAGAGGAAGACGAAGAAAAUCCAGGACGUUACGUCAAACGGGCGUCGAUAGCGGAUCAGGAUAACUUCUUGAGGGCUGCCCCAAGUGCCAUAGGGUCCCGGGCCUCAUUUAGGGCUUCCAUCAGGGCCUCAGCCAGGUCUAACAGGUCCACUUACCGAAAUAGAGACGUGAAUGGGGGCGAAACUAGCGAAAAUGUCGUAUGAAAAGUGCACGCGCCAUUUUGAAUUUUGUGUUUAAUUUUGACAAUGUCAAAUUAAGUACUUUGACAUUGUCAUGAUGUUGUUGAAAUAUUGACAUUUCGUUCUGGA